CGCGGCCGUGGCCACGGCCGCGGCCGCGGCCGCGGCGCACCGCAGCCUCCUCCCGACGGAGGAAGGAAGAGGCGGAGAUGGUGGCGCGCUCCUUGCUCACGGAGCCGCCCUCGUCUUGCCUGGAGAAGGCCCAGAAGGGCACCCUCAUUGGAGCAUUCGAGCCGCAGUGCCAGGACUGAUUCGGACGGGGCGUACGCUGCGUGGCAGUGCCACGGCUCGACCGGCUACUGCUGGUGCAGCAGCGCUUCGGGGCGCCAGGUGCCGGGGACCCUUCGGGGGCCGUCCGAAGGCGGCAGCUUCUCGAAGGAGGAUUGCGUCGCUGUCAGACUGAAGGAGGAGGAGAAGAAGGAGGCAGCGGAGUCGGUGGCGUCGUCACUGUUGGCGGAGCCGCCUUCGUCUUGCUCGCAGCUGGCCCAGAAAGCCCAGGCCAGCCACCUCAUCGGAGCCUUCGUGCCGCAGUGCCAGGAGAAGACGGGGCGUUCGCCGCGCGGCAGUGCCACAGCUCGACCGGCUACUGCUGGUGCAGCAGCGCUUCGGGGCGUCAAUUGGCAGGGACCCUUCGGGGACCGUCCGAAGGCGGCAGUUUCUCGGAAGAGGUCUGCGCGGCCACGAGAAAGCAGGAGGAGGAGAAGAAGGAGGCAGCGGAGUCGGUGGCGUCGUCGCUGUUGACAGAGCCGCCUUUGUCUUGCUCGCAGCUGGCUCAGAAAGCUCGGGAGGGCCACCUCAUCGGAGCCUUCGUGCCGCAGUGCCAGGAGCGACCGACGGAGGACGGGGCGUUCGCCGCUCGUCAGUGCCACGGCUCGACGGGAUACUGCUGGUGCAGCAGCGCCUCGGGGCGCCAGCUGCGGAGCCCGACCCGAGACGGCAGCGUCUCGGAGGAGGACUGCACGGCCGUCAGGCAUGCAGAGGAGGACGCGGCGGAGGAGGAUCAGGAGGAUGAGGAAGAGGAGGAGCCGGCAUCAUCGUGUCGGGAGCUGGCUCAGAAAGCCCUGGACCUCCACCUCAUCGGAAGCUAUGUGCCGCAGUGAGGAUGGGGCGUUCGCAGCGCGGCAGUGCCACGGCUCGACUGGCUACUGCUGGUGCAGCAGCGCCUCGGGGCGAAAGGUGCCUGGGACCUUGCGGAGCCCGACCGCCGAAGGCGGCAGCUUCUCUGAAGAGGACUUGGGGGGAUUGUGCGGCCGCCGCAAGCCUGUGCGGCCGCCGGGAGCCUCGGGAUUUGAUGCGGGAGGCCUGCGCUCUACCCCCGGGCGGCGUCGGCAACUGCAUGCUGCACAUGCGGCGCUACCAUUUCAACGCGACCUCGAGACGGUGCGAGGAGUACACCAUGGCCGGGUGCCACGGCAGCGCGAACGACUUCGACACGCGGGAGCUCUGCCUUGCCAGCUGCGGGGCGGGGAGCGCGCCGCCCGAGGAGGCCCCCGCGCACGCCGACGGUGGCGGGUCGACUUGCCGGGAGAGCCUGGAGACGGCUCAGCGGCUUGAGGGACGAGGCGUUCUUGGCGUCUUCCACCCGCGGUGCACCGAGGAUCACGGGAGGAACAAGAUGGAGUGGCAGGCGAUGCAGUGCCACAAGUACGGGUGUUGGUGUGUAGACGAGUCAGGCACCGCCUUCAGCGGGGUGCGACUUGCAACAGUCGGGCCAGAGCGCAGUUCCAUGGAACAGUUCCAGAGCUCGUGCGACUCCCUGAGACGCACCUGCGAGCCGUGCCAGCUCGCGUCGCAGGAGAAGUGCACAGAAGAACACCAGGCGAAGGGCGUGAAUUGCAUCGUCGGCGCUUGUGUGGAGAGAGCUGGCUUGCAUGCUGCUGUCGACAAGUAGCAUGUGCUGGUUUUAACAAAAACCCGUUCUUGUUAUGAGGAUGUAGAAAUCACGUGUAAAUAGGAUUGAAAGCAGGAUCUCGAAAGCAAUGAGAUUCGGGUGAUCUCGCAAGGUUGCAAGUCUCGGCAUGACUUGGGGCACGAAGAGCCCCAUCGAGCCGACGUUCUUUCCUUUGAGGGAUGUGGUACGUAGCCCAUGCACAGAAGGGCCACUUAAAGUCGCAGCUGUGCACGAUGUUGCUGACCUCACGCCUCGUUUGUAGAUUCGCGAUGCUUGUGCCACUGACACUGGGCGUGGAAGGCACUUGCUGAAGAGCAUUCAUGAUCCUGCUACUUGCCACCACAUGCAAUGUGCAUUUCUCCCAGGUGUGCGGGCGCAAC